AUGAAUUGUGAGGAAAAAGACAGGCCCUUUAGAGAUGAUGUGCUUGAGGGAAGAAGAGAAAUUUUGAUUCCAAUGCCUCAGGUAGAAAAUUCCGAUGGAAUAACUGAAGAAACUGCAAACAUCAAACCGUGGAGAAAGCCAAACCUCUUCUUGGAGAUUCCUACGAGAACAAUGGAUGCAACCCCGGAUGAGUUUGUUCAAAUAAAAAUGCCUCCAACGCCAACUCCUACGCCCAAAAGAGUGAAUUUCAAUUUGACUCCUAGUCCUUCUGAUUCAAGAAUGCAUGUUAGUUCUCCUGGUCCUUCCUCGUCCAGAGCAAAGUCAUCCAUUAAGAAUCUCCUACCUAAACUUAGUUUCAUCCAUCGAAGUUUGAGUAUAGAGACUAUCCAGACGGAUAAUGAGAAGGCCAACCUGGAUUCAGGUUCGUCAACUGCUGCAUCACAAGAGAAGCCAUCAAUGUCGAGGUCUUGGUCGCUUUCGAAGAUAUUUACUCCUCGCAUGAAGCGGACUUCAUCGUUACCAGUCACCCCGAUUUUUGCACAUAAUAAUCCUGAUUCUAUUACGGAUGGAAGCUUACCCAAUUCCCUUACACUCGGUACAAAAGAACCACAAAGGCCUAUGUCUCGAUCGCGUUCUCUCCCAGUCAUUAACAAAGAACAAAGCAUCAGAAGAAUGGACUCAUUUUUCAGGGUAAUUCCUGCUACUCCACGGGUAAAGGAUGGUGAUAUAUCACCGAUAACACCUGCAACAGGAGAUGCCGAAGAUGAUGAAGCAAAUGGUGAAGACAUUCCCGAGGAAGAAGCAGUUUGCCGAAUUUGCUUCGUUGAACUUUGCGAAGGUGGAGAAACCCUCAAGAUGGAAUGUAGCUGCAAAGGAGAACUUGCUUUGGCUCACAAAGAAUGUGCUAUAAAAUGGUUUAGCAUCAAAGGUAACAAGACAUGUGAUGUUUGCAAGCAAGAUGUUCAAAAUCUUCCAGUCACACUGUUAAGGAUCCAAAGUGUCCAAUGCCGAUCCAGUCGAGGAAACAGAAUCACCAAGGUUUGGCAGGAAGUGCCCAUUCUUGUAAUUGUCAGUAUGCUUGCUUACUUUUGUUUCCUGGAGCAGCUUCUGGUCGGAAAAAUGGGUACUGGAGCUAUUGCCAUCUCACUUCCAUUUUCUUGCGUCCUUGGUCUCUUGGCAUCAAUGACAUCUUCAACCAUGGUGAAGAGAAGAUUUGUCUGGGUUUAUGCCUCGGUGCAAUUCGCUCUCGUUGUUCUUUUUGCUCAUAUUUUCUACUCAGUGAUUCAUGUACAAGCAGUUCUAUCAAUUCUGCUAUCCACAUUUGCUGGAUUUGGAGUUGCAAUGAGUGGAAGUUCAAUUCUUGUUGAGUUCCUGAGAUGGAGAAGGCAACGACAGGCCUUGUCAAACCAGCAACAUGAGAACUCCCAGAUCAUGUUUCUAUGGCCUCAAAUUAGUCAACCGGCAACAUCUUCUCGUGUUGUGCCUCCUGGCCCUCAUCACACUAAUCAAGCAAAUGCAGAAAAUCCAGAAACAUUUAGGAGACAAAAGAUUGGAUUUUUAAGGAUAUUGCAGCGAAGGAGGAAGGGUUUUGGAGGGACAGUUGUUAAAGUGAGGAAUAUGGCUUGGACGACGGAGAAAUUUGAUGGGAUUGUGGGGAGCAAGGUGGAAUUAGUGCACCCUGCUACAGAGGAUUAUGCUCAAGAGGCUGUUGAAGCUAUCAAAACCGGAAAGGUCAUUGCUGUUCCAACUGAUACCCUUUAUGGGUUUGCUUGUGACGCUUGCUCUGUUGAAGCAGUUAACAAAAUCUACGAGAUUAAAGGUCGUAAAUACACUAGUCCACUGGCAAUUUGUGUAGGAGAUGUCGAGGACAUCAAACGCUUUGCUGUCACAGACCAUUUGCCUCCUGGUUUACUUGCUUGUCUUCUCCCAGGUCCUGUAACAGUGGUACUCAAGCGAGGGGAGCAUAGCAUCCUUGAGAAGUCUUUGAAUCCUGGAUUAGAGAGUAUUGGGGUACGGGUGCCUGACUGUAACUUUAUUAGGCUCAUUGCUCGCGGUUCUCAAAGUGCCCUGGCCCUUACUAGUGCGAACCUAAGUGGGCAGCCAAGUAGUGUAGACAUUAAAGACUUUGAGAACCUAUGGGAGCAUUGUGCAUGGAUCUAUGAUGGUGGUGUUUUGCCAUCAGGACGUGCAGGAUCAACAGUUGUAGAUCUCACUUCACCUGGGACGUACAAGAUUCUCAGACCUGGGAGUGCUAAGGAAGAGACUGUUGCAAUCCUUGAGAGGCACUCUAUAUUCGAAGGGGAACGUGCUGUGGGGUGA